AUGCAACUCGAAUACGCGGAAAAAAAAGACAAGGAUAAGCGCCUGGGGCGCCUGCACGAGGAACUAGCUCUUCGCUUGUAUAGCACCCAACAGGAGUUGCAUAAACGGCAACAGAACUUGGAGGAGAUGGCUACUGUCGAAGAUGAAGUGAAAGCAAAAAGAAAACAUGCAGAAGCAACGUUAGAGCAGGGCAUCAAAGAUCUGCAAGCUGAGCAAAAGGAGCUUGACGGAUACGUGACUAAGCUCAGCAAUGCCCGACGUGAGCUCAACGAACUGAAGUUCACUCUGCGUCAAGCGCAAGCAUACAACGAACAGCUAGAGGCCGAUAUCAAGCUCAAACGUAGAGAGACUUAUAAGGAGCAUGCCACGCUGGAGAAGCGGGAGACGGAGAAAAUGCACCAAGAUUUCUUGAUCGACGGUCUAAAGGAAAAGAUACGGGACCUCAGCGAUCAAAAACGCAUGUACGAGUCUCAGGCCGCUGCCCAACAAACUGAAAUCGAAGCUGCCAAUGCUGCGCUCCGAGAGGCCCAACACGAGAUAGAAACCAUCGCAGCAGACAAGCAGCGGCUGCUGCAGCAGUGGCGCUCUAGUGUUGUUGGCAUGCAACGCCGAGAGGAAGCUCUGCACGCCAUCAAGCAAAUGGUCAAACAACAGGAAGAGAAGGAAUUGAAUAUCGAAGCGGAGAUGCGAGACGUGCAGGCAACGAUACGAGAAACGCAGGAGCAGAACGAAAACCUAACGGCGAAGCACAACACACACACAAGGCAGCUGGAAACGAUACAGGUGCAAAUUGCGAACGUUGAGAGGGACGUGGAGAUGGCGGAGAAGCAGAACAGCCUCGUCCAGAAAUCCGUCCACCAUACCCUUCAGGAAGGAUUAAGAGCAGAUGUGGCAGUUUCUCAGUUGCGUAAUCAAGUGAAGCUCGUAGAGAAUAGUAUCAAGAAAACAAGUCAGGAGAACACGGCGCUCAACGACCAGGUCGUGGCGCUGCUUUCGAAUCAAUCUACACUCAAUCGCGCAGCAGCGAAUGCGUCGAAGCGCGCGCAAAAACUCAACGAUCAGUGCAAAAGGAAAGAGGAGGAGUUUGAGCAGGUUCAAAAUGACACUGUUCGGAAGAGAGUCGAAACGCUGGAGCUUAAGGCUCAGAAUACAAGCCUCAAGGCGAACCUCAAGCGUGUUCAGCAAGCGCUGGCGGAAAAAGAGAAACUCAUCGAUCAGUACGAAGCUGAGAUCAAGAAAGGACACAUAGAAAUUGACAAGAAGCAGGAACUCGUCGAGAAACUCAACAAGGAAUACGAUGAACGAAGGUCAACUUUCGACGAUGACAGCACGGGGCCCCUGGAGGCCAAAAUUAAGAACAUGAGGUGUAUUUCGGCGAAAAAGGACGAGCAGCUCAUUUCGCAGCAGAAGCGCAUUAGACUCACAUCUGCAAUUGCUCUCAAUUCUAAAGAGAUUCGGGAAAUGCAGACUGCAAUAAAGCAAAUGCGGACAGACAUGAGCCGGGUGAACCAAAUCAUCGUCAAGAAAGUCGAAAAACAACAAGUAUACGAGAGGGAAACCCAAAGUCUGACCCACGACUUUGACCUCCGGAUGGCUGAGCAUCAAAAAGUUGAAGCGCGCCUGGCGGAGACUGUACAGAGCAUCCGCGAUGAAAAGUCAAAGCUUGAGGAGGAACUCGUGGAGGCUGAGAGGCAAAUCAUGCUGUGGGAACGGAAAAUCUUCCUUGAGAAAGAGAUGCACGAGGCCUUAGAUCCGGCCGUCGGGCAGAGCGAAGUGAUGUCUAUGAGGAAAGAAAUCCAUCGCAUGCAGCUCCGACUAGAGCAGCUGAAGAAAUGUCAAGAGCAAAUGCUCAGCGAGAUGCAGCGACUGCAUGUCCAGCUGCAAAACGUUUGGGAAGAGGUAGAGAAAACAAGGCGCGAGACGUGCAGUCUGCAGACAGAGACAGCUCAGCUGAGAGUCAGACGUGCGCUGAAUCUUGCUUGCAUCCUCCAAUAUCAAAAGCUGGUCAAGCGGCUUCAGGCAGCCACAGAAAGAGACGCCUGUGCUCCACUGAAAGCGUCUACCAUCGCAGCGAUCAAGAGAGUGCGGAAUGACGCGAAAAGCCUGGCAGAAACGCUGGAUCGUCUAAGAAAAGAAUGCCCUGAACUUGAGGUUCUCUUUGACACAUUCUACGAAUGGGCAGCGGUGAUCAGUGCUGCGGCGAUGCCCCCGCUGCCAGCGAGUCAGGUGUGUGAGGAGGUACGCAACUGGAGACCAAACUCGUAG